ACGCCGAGAAUAUAGAAAACAAAAUUCCUUUGGAAUUUAUUAUUUUAUUCUUAACUAAAAUAACUUACCCCGUAAGAAAGAAAGAAUAAAUAGUGUGAGAAACAUUCCCAAGAGUUGAAUCAAAUCGAAGAAGGAUAGGAUGUUGAUUGUGUUCGUUGUUGGGUUGGUUGUCGGUGUGUUUGCAUUCCUCAGUUUGGAAGUCUUGGGAGUGUUGUUUGUGUUAAAUCGAUUGAACCGGAAGAUCAAACAAGAAUCUGAUGCAGCCCACAAUCCCCAACCCCAACUGUCCCUUGAUUUCCCUUACAACAAGCAGGGGAUUGUCUGGGUUCUUGAAUCGGACAAAAUUCCACCCAGAGAGCACAAGCGGAGAAAGGACAUGCCGUUGGAGGUUACUCCUGUUCGAAAACAUGCCAAAAUCCAACACAACAACCUUAUUUUGACACAUUCUGAUGCUUCCCGCACAACUAUUCCCCUCAAGGGCUGCGUCAUUGAGGCUGUUUCUGCUACUAACUUACCCUCAAGGAAAUGGGCCAAGAGAUUUCCCAUAAAAGUGGAAAGCAAGACUUCGCCAAUCUACAAUGGCGGUAAAAUCAUUUACCUGUAUCUGGAGACUUCCUCGGAGAAGGAGUCAUGGUGCAAAGGUCUUCGUCUUGCUUCAUGUGAGGACAAAGAAAAGCUGAACUGGUUCACCAAGUUGAAUGUGGACUUCCAUGCUUACCUGGCAUCUUUGAAUGCUGGAUAUCCCUCAUUUAUGAAACCCUCCUUAGGUUUCAGUGCUGAGCCAACAGAUAAGGGAAAUAGGUUUGAUGUAUCUUCAUCAAAAGUUAGAUUAUUUUGGAGAAAGCUGUCAAGAAAGACAUCAAAACCUGGUAUAGAAAAUAAGGGAAUUUGGACUUCUCAGUCUGCCCGUGAAGAGAGAAAGGCUUGUGAGAAACAGCCUCCAUUCCAAGAUUCAGUGACAAACAAGGUGACUAAUAGUUCGACUGAAGAAAAUAUUGCAUUUACAUUACCACAUGGUUUUCCUCGUUCAGCAAGUCAAAGUUGUACUUCUGUUGCUUCUGAUGCUGAUUCUGAACAAGACAGACUUAAUUUCGAUGAAGGAACACUCUGUUGGAACUUGUUAAUUUCUCGAAUCUUUUUUGAUAUCAAAGGCAAUGAAGGGUUGAAAAGUUCCUUUCAAACACGGAUUCAGAGAACAUUGUCCAAUAUGAGGACCCCUAGUUACAUAGGUGAAGUCAUUUGUACUGACAUAGACAUUGGGAAUCUCCCACCUUAUAUCCAUGCGAUGAGGCUCCUUGCCACAGACAUGAAUGAGGUAUGGGCAUUUGAAGUUGAUGCUGAAUAUUCUGGUGGAAUUCUGUUAGAUGUUGAGACAAGACUUGAAGUUCGUGACCUAGACUUUCAAAAAGGCAUAGUAGAUACAAAUUCAGAAUCAAAUUCUGUUGAGAAUAUGUCUUCAGACCUUCUUGAAGGCUUUGAGCAUUUUGGAAAGCAUUUGAAUCUUCCUAAAGAGGAUGAGGUUGAACCUAAAGUUGAUGGUCUAAAAGGCUCUAAAACUACAUCGGCAACAAGUUAUGUGUCUCAAUGGAAGUCUGUACUAAAUUCCUUAGCCAAACAAGUUUCACAGGUGCCUUUGUCUUUGUCAAUAAGGGUUGCAUCUCUUCGAGGAACAUUGCGGUUAUAUAUAAAGCCACCUCCUUCUGAUCAGUUAUGGUUUGGCUUCACAUCCAUGCCUGAUAUAGAGUUUGACCUUGAGUCUUCUGUUGGGGAACACAAGAUUACUAGUACACAUAUUGCUUUAUUCUUGAUCAGUCGGUUUAAGGCAGCCAUACGGGAAACUAUGGUGCUUCCAAACUGUGAAAGUGUAUGCAUUCCCUGGAUGUUAGCAGAAAAAGAUGAUUGGGUCCCAAGGAAAGUUGCCCCAUAUAUAUGGCUUAAUCAAGAAGCAGUUGCUGAUAAUAACAUUGUGCGUGAAGCUCUAGGUCCUCAACUUACUGAAUCAAAAGCAAAGGAAAAUAGUAGAUCCUCGAGUUCUCAUCCAGAAAGCAAGCAUCUAAAGCCAAAUGCGGAUUCCUUUCAGCUGCCAGUCAUUGAGCCAAAAGCCAUACCGUCAUCAGGCUCUGAGGUGUCUUCUUCUUCUUCUUCUACUGUAAGGAAUAAGUCCUUGCAAGAUCUAAAAACUCCCCUUCUUGCAACUGAUGAAGCAGGCCAGCAGAAUAGACAGGAAGCUUUGGAUUCUCAGUCAUUAUCUAGGUCUUUGACAGAGGUUGAAAGGCUGAGUGAUGUAAUUGAUGAGAAUGAUUCGAGGGCAAAGAAGAUGGGGAGGAGGGCAAGGAUGCUUGACUUGGGGAAGAAAAUGGGAGAGAAACUUGAAGAAAAGAGGCGUCACAUUGAAGAAAAGAGUAGGCAUAUUGUUGAGAAGAUGAGAGGACCUUGACUCAACUGAAACAAAAACUAAUAGCGGAAAUUCACAAGGCAUUCUUCAUGCUUUCUCUCGUUUUCUGCUUAAAAUGUCCUAAAUGAAGAGCUAGCUAUAUCAAAGGAAUAGUAUUACUAGAGGAGGAUGAGUGAGCUUUAUUUGGUUAUUAGUUAACCCAUUCAAAUACUUUUGUUAUCUAAUUUUCACCAUGGUUAUAAAUUACAUAUGUAAAUGUAUAGAAAGUUGAAGAUAUCUUUGGCUUCAACUACACAUAUCAUGUGUAUUUUUAAAAUAUGAAAUAAUUUAUUUUGCUA